UGUCCACUUCUCACCCUAAUUGAGCUCACUUUCGCAGCUUUGCGCAGACACAUAACCCCUCUCCUUCCUCGUUUACUCGGCGCUGAGAAAAAUGGCGGCGGCUACUUCCUCCAUUGCUCCUUCCCUCUCUUGUCCUUCUUCCUCCAAAACCCCUCGAUCCUCCAAACCCAGGGCCGUAUCGCUUCCCAAAAUCGGUUUCCUCUCGUCUUGUUCCAACCCUCUGCGUCCGCUGACGGCCGCCGUCGCGGGAAGUGGCGUCUCCGGCUCUUCCGUCGCGGCUCGCAUGGUGUCGGCUCCGUCGGUCACGGCUCCGAUUUCUCUGGAUUUCGAGACCUCCAUAUUCAAGAAGGAAAAGGUUUCCCUCGCUGGUCACGACGAGUGCAUUGUGAGAGGAGGAAGGGAUUUGUUCAAGCUGCUUCCAGAUGCUUUCAAGGGGAUUAAGCAGAUCGGUGUGAUUGGUUGGGGCUCUCAGGGGCCUGCUCAAGCUCAAAAUUUGAGGGAUUCACUUGCUGAGGCAAAGUCUGGCAUAGUUGUUAAGAUUGGACUUAGAAAGGGCUCUCGCUCAUUUGAUGAGGCCCGUGCUGCUGGAUUUACCGAAGAGACUGGUACUUUGGGUGACAUAUGGGAGACUAUCUCUAGCAGUGAUCUUGUGUUACUCUUGAUCUCUGAUGCUGCACAGGCUGAUAGCUAUGAGAAAGUGUUCUCCCACAUGAAGCCAAACAGCAUUCUCGGGCUGUCACAUGGGUUUCUCUUGGGGCAUUUGCAGUCAAUGGGACUCGAUUUCCCGAAGAACAUCAGUGUGAUCGCUGUAUGUCCUAAGGGAAUGGGUCCCUCUGUUAGGAGACUUUACGUCCAAGGAAAAGAAAUCAAUGGUGCUGGAAUUAAUUCAAGUUUUGCAGUUCACCAGGAUGUUGAUGGCAGAGCUACAGAUGUUGCCCUAGGAUGGUCAGUUGCUCUUGGCUCUCCUUUUACUUUUGCCACCACUCUUGAGCAGGAGUACAAGAGUGACAUCUUCGGGGAACGAGGCAUUCUGCUCGGUGCUGUUCACGGAAUUGUGGAGGCUCUGUUUAGAAGGUACACUGAAAAUGGGAUGAGCGAAGACUUGGCUUACAAGAACACAGUGGAAUGCAUCACAGGAAUAAUAUCAAGAACAAUCUCGACCCAGGGAAUGUUGGCUGUAUACAACUCCUUCUCCCAGGAAGACAAAAAGGUCUUCGAGACUGCAUACAGUGCUUCUUACUAUCCUUGCAUGGACAUCCUCUACGAAUGUUACGAGGAUGUAGCCACCGGUAGCGAAAUCCGGAGUGUUGUCUUAGCUGGUCGUCGUUUCUACGAUAAGGAAGGUUUACCAGCAUUCCCGAUGGGAAAAAUCGACCAGACACGCAUGUGGAAGGUCGGUGAGCGUGUUCGGAAGGUCAGACCGGCUGACGACCUUGGCCCAUUGUACCCUUUCACCGCAGGAGUUUAUGUGGCACUCAUGAUGGCUCAGAUCGAGGUAUUGAGGAAGAAAGGGCACUCGUACUCUGAGAUCAUCAACGAGAGCGUGAUCGAGUCCGUGGAUUCGCUGAACCCGUUCAUGCACGCGAGGGGAGUGUCUUUCAUGGUGGACAACUGUUCGACCACGGCUCGGCUGGGUUCGAGGAAAUGGGCACCGAGGUUCGAUUACAUCCUGACGCAGCAAGCCCUUGUGGCAGCUGACAACGGGACACCAGUGAACAGAGACCUAAUCAGCAACUUCCUGUCCGAUCCUGUCCAUGGCGCCAUCGAAGUCUGCGCCCAGCUGAGGCCCACCGUCGACAUCUCGGUGCCUCCGGACGCUGAUUUCGUCCGACCAGAGCUCCGUCAGUCUGGGAACUGAGGUGAGAUCUUAUCAUCAGUUUAUGUAAUCUGAGAUAUAAUCUAGUGGUGAUCUUUAGCUUUUGAGAGUGCGAGCGUUUUUGGAAAAAAAAAAAAAACUCUUCUUUUGUCUGUUGGAAAACAAAACCCGAUAUAUGGCUUCUGUUUCUCCUUUGUCUGAA